UUCGCCGAUAUUUUUCCCGAUAGAGCAGACGUAUGCGACGGACUGACAUUCGAGAGGAUAGUGGAAAGAAUCGCGUCGAACAGGAUCGUGGAAACGAAAGCGGAAAAGAGAAGACGGAACAUAUGAACGUGCGCGCACGGGAUCCAUCGUCGUCGCACAGCAGACUGUCUCUUGCGAUUUACACAUUAUUGCGAUACGAAAGGGCCCUUUGUGAAGGAAGAAGAGCGGUGUCGGAUUCGUCUGAGAAAUGUUGCUCAUCUCGACCGGUGAAGCUGGAGGGUCGACUCCGACACAAAGUGCAUAUGGACGAUGAAUGCUUCGUCGUCGUCAUCGUCGUCGUUCUCGUCCUCGACAGAUAGACGGAUAGAAAAAUCUCCUUCAAAUAUCACUAUCUUCGUCGAGGUAAAUACGAAACACGACGAUCACUCGAGGAGAAAAUUCACGCGUGAGUAAUUCCUCAUACCAAGAAAGAUGAAUUGAUAGGACAGAGAUCAAUUCAUAUAACCUUAACUGAUCUUUGUCAUGUGAAAUGUACCGAAGAGUGAUAAUAGGAAGAAGAAAGCAUCGUGAUUACGCUUUAAUGCCAAUUGCUAUAAUUUAAACUGAGAGUUUACAUAUAUCGGAUAUUGAAAGAGUUGGAAAUUUCAGAUAUAGAUAAAUGAUGAUUUAUA